AUGUUACAUCAAGGGACAACUACGGAGUAUAUAGUGCCUACGAUCGCUGGCUGUAAUUGUUGCUCUGUACUACAACCUAACCUCUACCUUCAGCAUCGACACAGCAAGAACACUAUGCGGCCUAUACUCACCUUCGCUGCUACUAUGGCUCUCGCAUUAACCGCUUCGGCAUUUGUUAAUGUCAAAGCUUGCCAACGCGGAGGAGCUGGUGGAUGCAUAUACACAGCAGAUGGUGUAAACUACAUUCUUAUGGCUAUGCCUACAAGAAGAGGAAGUAAGUACGGCGGAGUAGCGUGUCUGCGAAUUUUCGACUACAUCCUAACAUACGAUAUAAUAGCCCAAAGAAAAAUGAAGACGCUUGUAUUUGCAGCGAUAAUACGGAUGACUACUGCAUUUAGCAGUGCCGUUCUGGUCUUCUCAACAAGGACGGUUCGCAAUUUGUUGGCACCCUAUAUCCUUCUACACCACGCCGUCCACCACAUGGCACUCACGGCCGACGGCGUCUCCAUUCGUCCAAAGCUGAAAGAUGCUGCGACGAAUGAGACUCAACGCUGGCCUCGGCAGACAUGUGCUAUCCUCGUCAUGGUCAAAGCCAGCAUUGAUCGACGUGUGUCGAACCAGUUCCUGCAUCCCGGAUCAGAGUCACUACUGCACGUGGGUGUUGCGCGCAUCGGACUCAUGAUGAUGGAUGUCGCACUUGAUCCUGCGUGCCAUCGUUCAAUCCAACACAGGUCACUCAAUCCGACAGCACAACAACUUCUUGCCAUCUUCCCAUUUCUUUCGACGAUUCAAUCAACUCAAGCACUCACCAACGACCAAUCGACCACCAUGUAUCACUCAGUUGCACUCCUCGGCUCUCUCGCAGGCUUCGCCGCCGCUCAGAUGUCCUUGCAAACAACUAUUACCAACGCAAACAAGUGCCCAGAUGGCCAAGCAUUCUUCCAGCAAGGAAACAACGCAUACCACUGCUGUCCAGGCUCAUGGGUAGUAAGCAUCGAUGACAACGCGUACUGCUGCGUCGGUGGCGCCGCGGUCACUUUCGAUUCAUGCUUCCCAUUCUGCACCACAACCACCGCGAGCAGGGUAAGAAUCCUCUUCCGAUCAACAAAAACACUGCUUCGAUGUUUCACUGACGGCAGCAUCUUCUCAGGCUGA